AUGCCACUGCGGUUGGACGUAAAAAGAAAGCUUUUGGCAAGAUCGGACCGUGUGAAAUGUGUGGAUCUUCAUCCUACAGAGCCAUGGCUUUUGGCCGCUCUAUACAAUGGAAAUGUCCACAUCUGGAAUUAUGAGAAUCAACAACUUGUGAAGUCUUUUGAGGUAACAUUUACUUUUGUUCUUCCUAGUGAAUUGUGUUUUCUUCCGAAAAAAAUUAAGGUAUGUGAUCUGCCAGUGCGUGCUGCCAAGUUCAUUCCUCGAAAAAGUUGGGUUGUGACUGGGUCAGACGACAUGCAUGUCAGGGUCUUCAACUACAAUACCUUGGAGAGGGUUCAUCAGUUUGAAGCUCACUCCGACUACCUCAGGUGA